AUUUGAACUUGACGACAAGUUUCUACCCAGCCAAAUUCCAGAAACUAGAAUAGUUGUUCACGCAAGUGCAAAAAAAGAUGAAGCCACACCAGUGCAACCUCAACGAAAUAGGCGACCAAGUAGAUGGAACUCUUCGCCUUAUCAGUCUAACUUCGACUCAGGAGGUAAGUGAUUUUACAAACGUAAUAAUCAGCAUUCAUCGUAAUUAUUUACAACAUGUUUUAUUUACAGCAUGUUCCUUUGUAAAGUUGACACCCAUCUUUGAAAAAAGACACCCGUUUGAGGAAGAUCCAAUAACGGGUCCACAUCCUAUGUUACUCAUUCAAGAAUAUGACAAGUGGGUUCGUGAAGGUCUUCUAGCAAGACAUGAUCAGAAAGGUAAUCUCGACGACCAUUACAAGAAAAACAAGUUUAUACUUCACAUUCCAUUGGAUUUUGGAGUUGAUCAAGUUGAUUCCAAAAACUGGUUUUACCUUCUAUCCAUUUACGGGAAGUUAUGGGAUGACAAUCAUAUGGAUGUCAUAUUCUACUAUUUGCGAAAGAUGGGCAAGUACAAUCAGCAUAGGGACUUCACGUUUACUACUGUUGAUUGUAUAUUCAAGACAAGAAUAGAUGAAAUAUAUGACAGGUAUGAAGAUACAGAUAGUAAUGCUAAUGUAGCAAAACAAGAAGACGUUGUAUGUGAGUAUAUUAGGGGCUACAGAUUACAUGCUAAUGUACCCUGGCAUACAGUGGAUAAUGUCUUGAUACCAGUGAACUUGAAGGAAAAACUUCAUUGGGUGUUGGUUGUUGUGACUUUCAAAGAUAGAUGUAUCAAAGUGUACGACUCGUACACGUCUUCCGGUCAUGAUGCAUACGUAGUCUCUGAGAUUGUAAAGCUAGCUAAGCUAUUACCUCUGUAUCUGUCAAUUAGUGGCUUUUACAGAGAUAGUCAAGGCAUUCACUGGUAUUCUUAUCCCGCAUACACAAACAAGGAUCAUAACGAACCUUUUGAAGUUAUCUUCGUUCCAAAUCUGCCUCAACAGAAAGCGGGCAGCAU